GUCAGAACCCGUUUCCGCUGUCAUUCCCUGUAGGAGCCACACAGAGAGCGCGGUCCUGUGUUUCUCUCGGACGGAAUAAAAGUACUUUCGCGGUUCCAAGGCGGACUAAAAAGUUGCUUUUGGACUUUUCUGACCCGCCAGCCACCCGAAACAUGGAUUUGAAGCCGCGCAGCUGAAGCGAGGACGGCCCGAGAUGGAGCUUUUAUUCGCGCAGCUGCUGCUGCUGAGCUGCGGUGUGACGGUGCUGUGCGGUUCUCCUCUUCUGUUGUUCGCUAACCGGCGGGAUGUGCGAUUAGUGGACGCGGAGGCAGGCCGGGCAGAGUCAGCAGUGGUGGUCAGCGACCUGGAGGACGCAGCGGCCGUUGACUUUCUGUUCAGCGAAGGACUAAUCUUCUGGACUGAUGUCAGCGAGGAGGCCAUCAAACAAACAUACUACAACCAGACCACCAACUCGGUGAAGGAGGCGACGCUGGGCUGUGGUCAGACAGUGGUGGUCUCCGGGCUGGACUCUCCUGAUGGACUGGCGUGCGAUUGGCUUGGCCGGAAGCUUUACUGGACCGACUCUGAAACAAAUCGGAUUGAAGUGGCCAAUCUGGACGGAACCUCGCGGAAAGUUUUGUUUUGGCAAGAUCUCGACCAACCGAGGGCCAUCGCACUGAACCCCCAGCAAAGGUAUAUGUACUGGACAGACUGGGGUGAGGAACCACGGAUAGAGCGAGCAGGAAUGGAUGGAAGCAGCAGGAGGGUUAUAGUGGAGGAGGAGAUCUACUGGCCGAACGGACUGACCAUUGACCUGGAGGAACAGAAACUGUACUGGGCUGAUGCCAAACUCAGCUUCAUUCACAGAGCUAACCUGGAUGGUACAGCACGAGAGACCGUCGUGGAGGGGACGCUGACCCACCCUUUUGCGCUCACUCUGUUUGAGGAGACUCUGUACUGGACAGACUGGCAGACACGCUCCAUUCACGCCUGCAACAAACACACCGGCGACAACCGCAGAGAGAUCCUCAACGGCAUCUACUCGCCCAUGGACAUCCAGGUGCUCGGCCAGGAGAGGCAGCCCUAUAUUCACACCCCCUGCAGUGACGAUAAUGGUGGCUGUUCUCACCUGUGCCUGCUCUCCCCCUCGCCACCUUUCUACAGCUGCGCCUGCCCAACUGGUGUCAAACUCCGCGAAGACGGCAAGACCUGCAGACCAGGGGCUGAACAGGUGCUGCUUUUAGCACGUCGGACGGACCUGCGUCGGAUCUCUCUGGACUUACCGGACUUUACAGACAUCGUCCUGCAGGUCAGUGACAUCCGCCAUGCCAUUGCCAUCGACUACGACCCUGUGGAAGGUUACGUUUACUGGACGGAUGACGAGGUUAAAGCAAUCCGGCGAGCACGGCUAGACGGCACCGAGGCCCAGACGCUCAUCACUACGGAGAUAAAUCACCCAGAUGGCAUUGCUGUGGACUGGGUGGCACGGAACCUUUACUGGACCGACACUGGCACCGACCGCAUCGAAGUCACUCGGCUCAAUGGCACAUCCCGCCGUGUCCUCAUAUCAGAGCGCCUCAGCGAACCCAGGGCCAUCGUCCUCGACCCCAUACACGGCUACAUGUACUGGACUGACUGGGGAGAGAAGCCAAAGAUCGAGCGUGCCAACCUGGACGGGUCAGAGCGCGUGGUGCUGGUGAACUCGUCUCUGGGAUGGCCAAAUGGAUUAGCACUGGAUUACGCUACUGGAAAACUGUAUUGGGGCGAUGCCAAGACGGACAAGAUCGAGGUGAUAAACGUGGACGGGUCUAACCGGAUGGUUCUGUUGGAGGAUAAACUGCCCCAUAUCUUUGGCUUCACUCUGCUGGGGGAUUAUAUCUACUGGAGUGACUGGCAGCGCAGGAGCAUCGAGAGGGUCCACACCAGUAAAGCUGUGCGAGAGGUCAUUGUUGAGCAGCUUCCUGAUCUGAUGGGCCUCAAGGCCACGAAAGUCACCGAGACAUUUGGCACUAACGGCUGUGCAGACUCUAAUGGAGGCUGCAGUCACCUGUGUUUUUUCGGGCCGCGGGGUGUGUCAUGUGCGUGUCCGAUGGGUCUGGAGUUGCUGAGUGAUCUGCACACCUGCGUCGUUCCUGAGGCCUUUCUGCUCUUUACAAACCGCGCUGAGAUCCGCAGAAUCUCCCUGGGCACCAACAGCAACAACGUGGCCAUCCCUUUAACUGGCGUCAGGGAAGCGUCUGCACUGGACUUCGAUAUGGCUGAGAACAGGAUCUUCUGGACGGACGUCAGCACCAAGACGAUCAGCAUGGCGUUUAUGAAUGGUAGUGGAGUGGAGACUGUCAUUGAGUUCGGGCUGGACUAUCCUGAGGGCAUGGCUGUGGACUGGAUGGGCAGAAACAUAUACUGGGCUGACACUGGCACGAAUCGAAUCGAGGUGGCACGGCUGGACGGACAGUACCGGCAGGUUUUGGUGUGCAAAGACUUGGAAAACCCACGCUCACUCGCUUUAGACCCAGCUAACGGGUAUAUGUACUGGGCAGAAUGGGGUGGUCGGCCACGGAUCGCCCGUGCUCACAUGGAUGGCACCAACAUUGUCACUUUGGUGGAUAAAGUGGGCCGAGCUAAUGGCCUGACUAUCGACUAUGCUGAUCAGCGCCUCUACUGGACGGACCUGGACACCUGCAUGAUUGAGUCAACCAACAUGCAGGGCCUGCAGAGGGAGAUAGUUGCGGAUGACCUUCCUCACCCGUUUGGCCUGACGCAGUAUCGGGAUUAUAUCUACUGGACGGACUGGACGCUGCGCAGUAUUGAGCGUGCGGAUAAACGCAGUGGUCUGAACCGGACGGUCGUGCAGGGGCAGGUGGAGUACGUCAUGGAUAUCCUAGUGUUCCACUCUUCUCGGCAGGACGGCUCCAACGAGUGUUCACACAAUAACGGACAGUGCGCCCAUCUGUGCCUAGCAUCACCUUCUGGGGCACAGUGCCGCUGUGCUUCACACUACACGCUCGACCCAAACGGACGAAACUGCAGCUCUCCCUCCAGUUUUCUGUUGUUCAGUCAGCGGAGCUCGAUCAGUCGGAUGGUUCUGGGUGAACAGAGUCCAGACAUGAUUUUGCCGAUCCAUGUUCUGAAGAACCUGCGGGCCAUUAGUUUCGACCCGCUGGAGCGUCUCAUUUACUGGGUGGAUGGAAGGCAGAAUAUCCGCCGGGCGAGAGAUGAUGGCUCUCAGGCUGCGACUGUUGUGUCCCCCGGCCCCACUCAGCAAACCAAACAACCAUACGACCUCAGCCUGGACCCCUUCAGCCGCACAGUGUACUGGACCUGCGAGACCACGAACACGAUCAACAUCCAGCGAAUGGAUGGGCAGACUGUGGGGGAGGUGCUGAGAGACGACCUGGACAAACCCCGUGCCAUUGUGGUCAACGGAGAGAAAGGGUACAUGUACUUCACCACCCUGCAGGACCGCUCAGCCAAGAUCGAGGGGGCGUCUCUGGACGGAUCAGAGAGGGAGUCUCUCUUCACGACCGGUUUGAUUCGACCCGUGGCACUCGCACUCGACAAUAAACUGGGCAAGCUGUUCUGGGUGGACGCCGACCUCAAACGCAUAGAGAGCAGUGACCUGUCCGGAGCGAAUCGGAUCGUCCUCCAGGACUCAAACAUCCUGCAGCCGAUUGGGCUGACUGUUUUAGGCGAUCACCUUUACUGGAUUGAUAAACAGCAGCAGAUGAUAGAACGCGUGGACAAGCGCACUGGGGACAAACGGACACGGAUUCAGGGACGGAUCCAGUACCUAACCGGCAUCCACGCUGUGGAGUACAUGGAGCCAGAGGAGUUUGCUUCUCACCCCUGUUCCCGUGACAAUGGAGGCUGCUCUCACAUCUGCAUCGCUAAAGGAGACGGGACUCCCCGCUGUUCGUGCCCUAUGCACCUGGUGCUGCUGCAGAACCUGCUCAGCUGUGGAGAGCCACCAACCUGCUCCAGUGAGCAGUUCACCUGCGCCACAGGUGAGAUUGACUGCAUCCCCAUGGCCUGGCGCUGUGACGGCAUCGCUGAGUGUGCCGACAAGAGUGACGAGAUGAACUGCCCCAUGUGCUCCGACUUGCAGUUCCAGUGUGAUAAACACCAGUGUGUGGAUGCUCAGCUGCGCUGCAAUGGAGAGCCAGACUGCGCAGACAGCUCGGAUGAAAAGGACUGCGACACUAUCUGCAUGCCCAACCAGUUCCGCUGCAGCAAUAAUAAGUGUAUUCUGAAGAAGCAGCAGUGUGACUCGUAUUCUGACUGUAUGGAUGGAUCAGAUGAGGUUUUCUGUGAUUUCCCACCCUCGCAGAAUGAUCAGCGGCACACGAACACUAUUGGCCCGGUCAUUGGCAUCAUCCUGUCCGUGUUUGUUUUGGGCGGGAUGUGUUUCGUGUGUCAGCGUGUGGUGUGUCGACGCUACAAAGGUCAGAACGGAGGAUUCCCCCAUGAUUACAUCAGUGGAACCCCCCAUGUCCCCCUUAACUUCAUCGCCCCCACCAACUCUCAGCAUGGCACGUUCACAGGCUGUGGAAAGUCUAUGAUGAGUUCAAUGAGUCUGAUGGGCAGCAGCAGCAGUGGAGCGCCGCUCUAUGAUCGUAAUCAUGUAACCGGGGCUUCCUCCAGCAGCUCCUCCAGCACUAAAGCAAACUUCUACCCACAGAUCCUGAAUCCUCCUCCAUCUCCAGCGACAGAUCGUUCUCUCUACAACACUGAGAUCUUCUACUCUUCUAACAGCCCCUCCACCACCAGGUCAUUCAGGCCGUAUGUGAUGCGUGGCGUGGCCCCGCCCACCACGCCCUGCAGCACGGACGUGUGUGACAGUGACUACACCACCAGUCGCUGGAAGAGCAACAAAUACUACAUGGACCUGAACUCAGACUCUGAUCCGUACCCGCCCCCGCCCACCCCCCGCAGCCAGUACAUGUCUGCAGAGGAGAGCUGCCCCCCCUCUCCCUCCACAGAGCGCAGCUACUUCCACCUGUGCCCUCCACCCCCCUCGCCCUGCACGGACUCUUCCUGACCCCUCCUACACCCGCCCUGCACAGACUCAUCCUGACCCCACCACUGUCCCGGACUCCUCAGUGGCUGAACUAUACUGUAGUGUUCGCGUCCUGCACACGGUCAUUCCUACAGACUGCAGUAUCCCACCGGAGAUGACUUCUAUUGUUUUAAAUUAACAGAACACGUGCUGCAAAGACGGAACUUCAAAUGAUGGCAGCAGCAGAGAGAGGGCGGAGUAGUAGGCUAAUUAAUCAGAUGAUAGUCAAUAGAGGAAUUCAAUUUAGAGAUAAUGGUUAGUUGCAGCACUGCUGGACAACCAGAGCCAUUGUGCUGCAGAGAAAUGGACUCCACAGCAAAGAUUUUGUCUGCAGGUAUAAGAAUGUGUUGCCUGCCAACGCACUCACGUGUGCACUAGGGGGCACUAUUGCGUUGAUCAAACCAAGAAUGUACAAAAACUCUAGAACGGGACAAAAAUUCUGUUGCAUUUGAUAACAGAGGGAGUGAUGAAACAAAAGUUUAGAAUGGUAUUUUGUUUUGCUCCAUUUUGGACCUCGUCCCAAAUCCCAUGGUACCACAGACACUUACCUCUUCAACCAAUCAGCAUUUGCUGUAGAGCACCAUAGAUUUGAUGUAGCCGCAAAUCUAUGCAAAAGUAUAAAUCAGCCUUAUAUAUGAACAAAGCCAGAAAGCAAAAACUGCCACGUGCAUUUCUACACACAACACAAGCAAGCCGAGGAUUCUGUGGGUAGAUAAAAUUCCCAGAACCUGUGAUCAAGUGUACAGCGCAUUGCAUGGCUGGUUGAAGGUUUUUUUUACAGCUUUUAUGCAUGAAACAUAAUCAUUUAUGAUUUUAUAUGCUUUCCCUUCGGCUUGUCUAACCACUAUAGGUAAAGCCUUAUGUGAACAGCAGGUGGAGUUUCUUAUAGCUCUUCAGCAUCAUGUAGAAAAUAAUACAAGACAAAACCACAAAUUUGAGCCUUAGGGGGUUUUAACAAUUCUCUCCAGGCUUCGCACACGAACGUGUUCUUUCUCACACUGUGAACACCGCCAAGCGUCCCAUUUAAUCUUAAUGAGACUUAAGGUCCACCUCAGUGUAUAUCAUAAUACCUACAUAUAGAGAGUUAUACAUUUCAGUGUCUCAUUAAGGGUCGAAUGGGAUUUUUACCAGCUGUUGGUGAGGUUUAUUCCCAACUCAACACUAAGAACAGAAAAGCACGUUUGUGGACUGAGCCUUUAAAGGAUAACAGGGCGGAGUAAUACAUUUUAAAUGCUUAUUAUACAAAAAUGUUUAAAAAAAAACGUAUUAUACAAAACCAAAAAAAUUGCCAAAACAAUUUAGAGCAGAGAUAUUGUAUAUAUGUAUAAUUAAGUAAAUAAUAAUUUGUCAUUAUGGCCGUGUGUUCUCUCGAUUGUUUUGUAUGUGAAUACGAAACGGAUCCAAGCAAAAUGUUUGGCUAGUUCUGUUUACCAAAAGUGUGUUUGCUGCUAUUGUACAUAAUCCUGUACUCUGAACCUGAAUGACGAAAGAAAAGAAAACAGUUAGCAGAAUCACAUCUCUAUAUGUAUAGAAAUAAAUACAUAUAAAGAACUAUAUGUAACUGAUCAUAGGUUAAUUGAAAUCAUACUGAUGCCGAUUCAUGUUUUUAAAUAAUGUUAUUAAUCCCAUAGCAGAAUUUCAGCUUUCAGUCGUGUACAGAAUCAUAUCUAAAUGUUCUUGUAAAAUGCCAUUAAUUUGAAGGAGCCUAUGUAAGUGAACAUGCACCACAGGCCAAACAUUUGGAGGCAACACUUACUGCAUGUACCAAGUUCUCUGCAUAGUUCCUCUGUUACUGGGUUUGGUGUGAAAUUUUCUGUUUUAGAGUGAGAUUUGUUGGCAGUGGUGGUGAACAGAUCCAGACCUCGAAAAGCUCCCUCACAGGAAAUGAUUACAGUGAGUGGUUUGACUGCACUGCCUGAGAGACUGAUUUUAAAAAUUUGAGUAUAAAGUGCUUUUAAAUCACAUCAGUAAAAUAUGUUCUAAGGGUCUCAUUUAAAAAACAUUGAUCACUUUAGAUCAGGACCCAAAUUUAGCCCACCAGAGACACCCUAAACCCAGGCUAUUACAUAGAAAUAUCAUGCAUUUCUUUAUGCCUUUUUUACAUUCCAUUAUCCCAUUUCAAAUAAUUUAGUAAAAAAAACUUAAUAAAAGUUAUGUUGUAAAAAAUGAAGAAAAAAAAUGGUGGGCAACAUGGUAAAAAAAUUGAAUGAUACAAAAAAGACAAAGUGUACUGUUCUAAAUCUAUCACUAUAUUGAUACAAUAUUAUAUUACACACCACCCAUUACAGAAUCUAAUUUUAAAAGUAUUUGAAACCUUUAUUUGGAUUUAUUUGGACUCACAGCCACAUUACUCAUCCCCUCUGUGCAGAAGACUUCCCUGCUCUAAACUAAUCAGACUAAAGCUGUUUUAUUUUCAUUCAUUAUACUGAAAUAAGACUGAAGCAGCUUAAAGUAGUUCUUUUACAUUUGCCUCCAUGCAUUUGGCCUGUGCGAGUGUGUGCGCGUGAGUGUGCGUGCGUGAGCGAGCGAGUGAGUGAGAGUCUUAGCUGUGAGCCAGCAGUGUUUCUGGCAUUAAUGCACAUACUGUUCAAACUGCCAUAAAAGGCACCGGCUCGCUCUGCAGGAGCAGCAAACACGACGUUGCCAAAAUCUCCAGUGAUGACCUUAAGAGACCUGUUGGACUUUUUAUUAUAUUUUAGGUUAAACUAAGCUAUAUUUCAGUGUUUUGUCCUCGCCUGAAUUUUUUACUCAGAUUUUUAUUGUUUUGUUUUUUGUACAGACAUCAGACAUCAAUUUUUUAUUUUCACAUUUUCACCCCCCCCCCCCCCCCAAAGUUGCUGUUAUUGCUUUUACUUUGUUUUUUCAUCUUGUGCUAAUCCAGGUAGGAUUGAUUUUGUUUUUGUUUUGUGUCAAAGUUGAGCACUUAGAGGAUUUUCUGCUGAUGUGUCUAGACACAACAGUUCAGAGUUUUAAUAUUUCUUUAAAGUGAAAGUUUGAAACAUACAGUAUCAGAAGCCACAUAUGCAGGUCUGUUAUGGUUACUGUAUUUAAAUUUUUUCCAAACAUACUAUAAUUUGAGCUGAAUCACUUCCACACAACCAGAUUAAAGGUGAAAAGGUCUGUCCAAACUUUAUUAAACCAGUUAAGCAGUAAGAUUUGUGUAACUUUGUGUACAUUUAACCUAAUCUUUAUCUGCAUUUGUAGCCUGAGAUUGAUUACCCCGGACAAUGACAAAAAUUUUUGGAUUUUUUUUUUUUUUUUUUCAUAAAUAUAAUUUAUUUUUAUUUUUUGGUGAGUUGAUGCAUGAGCAUUAUUAAUAAGAUAAACAUGUUGUUUACAUUUGUACUUGAUUUAAGUAAAAAUAUUUUGCCAAAAAGGUAAUUUUACAAGAUAACUUGAAACAAGUACAAAUACUUUAAAACAGUCCAAUAAUAUUCUUAAUACAACCUGAAAAUGAAAAAUAUUCAGUAUAUUUACUGUUUUCUAGAUGAUUUCACUUGCCACAAUUUUUGCUUGUAAAUUUAUCCAGAUAAAUAAUGUUUAAUGGAUUAUGUCCUUUUUAUAUCCCACUAGAGCUCGAAGCUGUAGAUGUUUAUUCAAACCAGCUCCACAUCUGCAACAUCAAGGCUGUGUAAAUAAGCCCUGAAUGUGACUGAAAUAAGGUUUUGUUGAUCGUUUAGUGUCCCGGUCAGCAGCUGUCUGUGAACCCUAAAGUUUUGUGCCGCAAGCCCAACACACUUUCAGUUCGGUACAAAUGCCUCAUUUAAUGCACACUUCUGACAAUUUUUGUAUCAAAAGCAUUUUUAUAUAUAAUAAAGGUUCUAUUUUAAGGAA